CUAUCGCUAGGAAGAUGAAAAGGCCUUAUCCCCGCCAUCGCCGUGGGUUUUUUCGCGACCCUCCCACUGUGCUCCAGCCCUCGACCAGCCCUCGACCAGCCCUCGAUAAUGCAUGCCCGUCGACGUCACGACUUGCCCGUCUGCCCGCCCAAACUCGUCCUCCGCGCCUGUCAAAUCGCCCGGAACCCGUGUCGGCUGCAUGUCUGCAGCAUCAAGUGUGCAGGAUUCUGCUGCUGGCCUGUUCGGACCUGUCCUAACCUGCCACUAUUGCCUGCCAGCCUCUCACCCCUCGGAUCAGGCUUGGCCCGUUUUGAUAAGAGGGCACUGAUCCACUAUCGCUGGCCAGGCAUGAUGUGGUGGCGGCCCGCUGUCGUGCAUCCCUGUCCAAACGUUCGUCCGGCCGGUUGUGGUGGAGCGACGAAAAGGGGCUUGAUGGCGGUGCAAGCCCCCGGUAGAGCCUCAGCUUCGGAUGCGCCGGGAUGCGAAAGGCUCGCCAAUCACAGUGCCGCUGCUGCUUUGGCCUUGUCUCUGCUGCAGAAUUCGAUUGCAUCCUUCGAUUCCGAGCCGCGGUGGAGCUGCUUUCUCCUUCGCGAGCCCUGUCUGCCUGCGGUGCCUGCAUUACCAAGCCACGUCAAGCCUAAUGACGGCGUUCCCCAUGAGGCCCAUGCCUGCAACACCAGCCAGCAUGGGCCCUGGUCCGAGAUGAAAUCAAGAAUAGCUCCUGGCACGCUAGCUGCGAGGCCUUGACGACGGGAGAAACGUCGAGAAGUUAGGGGACAGUCUUGGCUACGUGGACGGUCUUGAGGCGUGAGGCUAACCUUUGAAGAGCUAUAUGCCAAGUAAGUAGAAAAGUACAUAACCUACAUAG